GAUGGUGAAUAUCUUCUUUUCUUUAUAGAAGCAAUCUCAUGGUUGACCAUUCAUUCUUGAAUAAUGAGAUCCAAAUAAAGUUAGGAGGAGACCAUGGCGGCAAAUCUUUUAAGAUGAAUUACCAGCUGUGUAAUUCAUCAAAGCCUAAUAAUAAAGAUAAUACAGUGGUUUUCAGCAUAUUUGAGGCCAAAGAUUAUAGAUCUAACUUGAUGGUUGGUUUGUCCAGAUUCACCAAACAAAUAGACCAGUUAGAACAAAUGAAAUGGAGGGAGGCAUAACUGUUUAUUUUGCCACAUUACAAAAAAAGAAAUGCAGAAGCCCAAAGCUGAAAGAGAAGCAGUUACCCAGCGAACUUUAAAAUCUUUGACAGAUGACUUACUGGCAUUUCGCCAGUCAGGAGGUGACAUCAAAAAUGCCAAACACUUUAACAAUGUAAUUCAUGAACGGUUAUUCAACAUUCCAAUUGACCAGGUUGCAUUGCCUGCACUACACAUCUCCUUAGGAACCUUCCUUAAAAUAUUUAAUAUGCUUGAAACUGCUUGCUCAGAUUUGGACAUCAAAUUGACAGCAAAUGGCCAAAGUUUGGAUCCUGAUGCAUUAACUUUUAUUGAGAGAUGCCAGAAAUUGAAAGAUUGUAAGUGGGUUAUAAAAGACUGCGAGGAAAAGAUUGAACUCGUUAAUCAGGCAUUGGCUGUUGAAAUUUUUCAAAAUCCCGAAAAUGCAAAUGAACUCCGGAACAUAUAUGAGCCUAGAAUAGUAUUCUUAAGUAACAAGUUAAAAGAAAAGUCUAACGAGGCUGAAAAAAUUCAAAACGAGUCAGGAACAGAGCGAUGGGAUGGUCCUUGUACAAGGAAACUUGAUGAAACUUUAAAACUGUUGAAUGUUGAACGACAAGCGUACCACGGGCGGAGUUUUGUUGGCAACCAUGUGCAUAAAAUGCUCAAGGUGAUUUGCAAUUUAUAUAUAAUAAUUAUAGUAGUAAAUCCAGAGUAAUA